AAUAAAUAUGUAGAAAUAAUUUGACUUAUAAUUAUUUAGUGGUGCCAUAAUAUAAUUGAGACAUUUUAGAACGAAUGAAUACCUCUUUUCAAACCAAAUUAAAUUAGUAAGUGGGUAAGAGGAAUUAUUAAAUAUAAAUUAGAUCUAAAGAAACAAUGUUGGGAUGCACAAAAAACUCAUAUUAAGAAGGGACAAAAUUUGAAAUCCAUUUAGCAUAUACAGAUUUUGGUAAUAUGCUAUAUCAACCCAUACGAUAUGGAGACCUUGUUUAUUUAAAAUAAUUGGAUAAAAUUAUAACAAUGUAAGAAGUUUAAUAAUUGUAGAAAUAUAAAUAACAAGUCCUAAACUACGAAUUAAAAGGAAGCAAUUUUAUUAGAUAAAAAAUAUGAAAUUAUGGGUAAUCAGAUUUUUGUAAUAACUCCAUCUGAAAUUUGGGAAGGUUCUAUAUUAAAAAUAAGAGAAUAAACAAUAGAGUAGGCUUCUAUAAUAAGAUUGAUUAAUGUCUCUUCUAAUUUUUCAUUACAUUCACAUACAAAUUAUUAUAAAUAAAAAGAUUUGUUGGAUUGUAGAGAAGUUACUGGAUAUUAAGAAAGAGAUUAAAAUGAUGAUUGGUUUGUAAACAUACAUGAAAUUAAUUUAAUAAAUGGAAUGAUUCAUAUAUUACCUAGAUUUGCCAAACCUAUAUUUCAUGGAAGUUUAGUAAUAAUUCGGAAUGCAUUUUUGGGAACAGCUUUAAAUUCUCAUUCUAUUUUGUUAAAAUCAAAAAAAUAAGAAGUUACGACAAAUUCUGUUAUACCUAGAGUAUGUAAGAAUAUUUUUAAAUAUUCAAGCUAAUGAGCUAUGGGAAGUUGUUCUUAUGAAAAAUGAAGGAUAAAGAAAAUGUUCUAUUGAAGUUUAAUUAUUUUAUGGAUAAAAGUUUUCUCUUUUACAUUCAAACACAAAUUAAUUUCUAAAAUAUAAUUAAGGAUAAACUAAUAAUGAUAAAACAUUUUAAAUUUGUUGUUCAGAUGAAGAUUUAUUUUUAGAAGAAUGGUCAAUUAUACCAUUAUCUUAAUAACAAAGUGGUGCAGUUUUUUGUAAUGACCUUUUUUUAAUUUAAAAUAACUUUUGUCAAUAGUAUUUAACUUCAAUUGCUGAAUCAUCUUACAUUACUAAAUAAUAAUAUAAAACAUUUUUAACUUAGUAACCAAAAAAUGCCUCUGUAUGGACAAUAGAAGCUAUUUUGAAUAAUAAACAAAAUUAUUCAUGA